UGUUCAGGCUUCUGCAGGGGCAGCUAGGAAGGACCCACAGCUCAUAUGUGGGAUGGUUUCAUUCCAGUGGCUCUCAGUGUCUGCCACAGCAGAUUUACCUCUGUGCAACCAGGGAGCUGAGACCGAACCUCCUCUGUGCAUGACAACACUCUGCAAACAUGGCCGGUAAGAUCCAGAGUCUGACUGAAGAGGAGAGGACCCACCUGCUGCCCCUGCUGCGCAACGCCCAGUGGGUGGAGGUGGUGGGGCGGGACGCCAUCUACAAAGAGUUUGUGUUCAAGGACUUCAAUCAGGCGUUUGGCUUCAUGUCCAGAGUGGCUCUACAAGCAGAGAAGAUGGAUCAUCAUCCUGAGUGGUUCAAUGUCUAUAACAAGGUCCAGAUCACUCUGAGCACCCAUGACUGUGGAGGCUUGUCCCAGCGUGACAUCACGAUGGCCACCUUCAUCGACCAAGCGUCUAUGAUGUGACCGACAGACUUUCAGUCAUUUUAAGAGUGAAAACUGAAGAAGAGGAAGUCACCUGAAAAACCCUCAGAUUAUGAAGCAGUUACUUUCACUUCAUUGUGAGCAAUGUAGCCGUCUGCAAAGGGUCCAAUGUGUUUUUGAAAAUAUGCUGUUGUUGUCGCACAUGGUGAAAAGGAGAUUAUUGGCCAAAGAAAAUGGUAAAAGAGUAUGUUUACACGUUCAAGUCUAAAAGUUCCAAGUAACAGCCAUUCCAGUUGUAAUUACAAAUAACCUUCAAAAUGGUGUAUGUGUCCCUUUGUGCCUUCUUGUACUUAAAUGUCAGUAAAAAUCAUAUUCUAUUCUCA